UGCAAGGGUAGCAUUGCAGGCUCUCACAGGAUUCCUGUGGCUACCUGGUCGGGGCUAUUCAGGAUGAUCCAUGGGAGUUAGCAUAGCACCACUCUAAAGUCAGAUGUUGAAAGACAAAGAUCAAAGAGAGUUGAGCAAGUGAGCAAGUUGGAGACAAUUACAAGCUUCUUAAGAGAACACUGUCUUUUCCACACUGGGAGUAUUCUCAUAGAGCCACAAAUAGCGCUGCACAGAUGGAAAGCCUCCGAAUGCUCCCAGCUGACCAUGUUUGCCACUUCAUGAAUGCCGCAACAUCACACAAGAGGAUAUCUAUUUCCCCAAGCCCUGUGCAGACCAAUUUUGAUAAUAUUACUGUCUGAAUUAAGUUGCAAUUUCCCUCAUUCAUUUAUUCAACUUAUACUUUUACUAUUCAUUUAUUCAACUUAUACUUUUACUAUUGGUAUUCUGGCGUCCUCCACCUCUGUUCCAAAUAGUAAGACAUUUUGUUUUAGGGGAAGAUAUUGAGAAUGCCAGCACUUCCCCAAUUUCAUCAAAGAGAAGAGCAUUUGGCUGGGUGCGGUGGCUCACGCUUGUAAUCCCAGCACUUUGGGAGGCCGAGGCGGGUGGAUCACGAGGUCAGGAGAUCGAGACCACGGUGAAACCCCGUCUCUACUAAAAAAAAAAUACAAAAAAUUAGCCGGGCGUGGUGGCGGGCGCCUGUAGUCCCAGCUACUCGGAGAGGCUGAGGCAGGAGAAUGGCGUGAACCCGGGAGGCGGAGCUUGCAGUGAGCCGAGAUUGCGCCACUGCACUCCAGCCUGGGCGACGCAGCGAGACUCCGUCUCAAAAAAAAAAAAAAAAAAAAGAGAAGAGUACUUAACACUUAGCCCCUAAACACCUUCAUUUCCUUCUCCUCUGCUGUUUUGGACCUGGCAAAGCUUUACUCAUGUCCAAAAAGAUGAAAGGAGAAUGGGGAGACCCAAAGUAGUAGUAAUUAGUGCUGAGCCUUUGCCAAGUCGAGUGGCUGGGGUUUUCCUUCAGCACUUACUUCCUCUGUAUCUCUGUUUUUAGCCAUGCUUCACUCAAGACCCAAAUCCUGCAGCUUUUUUUUUUAAUCAUAAGAAAGGAUUUAAAUAUAAAAUUUUACACACUAAACACACUCAAAGUAAAUAUUCAACCUCUGGAUGGAGACAGAUUGUCUAGAUGACUAAUAGAGUUUAUCAGUUGUUCUCUAAGUUAUUUCCCUCCUUUUAAUCUUUGAAAGUCUCUCUUCAUCUAGCCUGUUCAUGGUGCUCAGAGUUGAAGCAGCCGUAGUGCAACCAAGAGGCUUCCCUCCAUCAACACACUGAGGCUGGCAUAACAGAGAGAUGGAAAGAGGCCAGUUCUCCAAGGACAUUGCUGAAUCUUUGCACCAACUCUGAUAGCACUGCCUCCAGACUCUAUUUCUUGAGGUUAAUAAACCUCUUUGAUGUAAGCCACUUGUGAUCAAGCAACAGGUCUAUGCAUUUUAACUACACGUGGCCUACACUUUGAGAAAUCUUGUUAUAAAUACUGGUGUCCUCGGAGCUCUGUUCUAGACCCUCUUCUCUCCUUACACAAUACUCUCUCUAUAUGUGAUCUCACUCGCUCCCUUGGCUUGGAAUAUUAUCCACUCUGAAGACUCCUAAAUCUGCUUCUAGGCCAGAAUCUUCUUCUGAACUUCUAAAAUAUAUAAGAAACUCUAACAGAUGUCACCACUUGUCUAUUAGUCUCCCUGCACCUCAACAUAUCCAAAACUGAACUAAUAAUCUGCUCCCUGGAACCUGUUUAUCCCCCAGACUUUCCUAUCUCAAUAAAUGGCACCACGGUCAACUCAACUGCUCGAGCUAGAAAGCCAGGAAUCAUCACCUUCUCCUUUUCCCUCAUCCCAGCAUCCAGUCAGUCACCAAGUCCUAUCAUGUCUUCUCUCCAUCCCCACUGCUGCUCCUCAGUCAGGGCCAUCGUUAAGUCCCAUGACGACCACUGCCACAGACUUUUACCUGGUUUCCCUGGCCCUUCCAAUUGCUUCCCUAUAUUGCAGUCAGAAUGAUCUUUCUGAUAUGUAGAUCUAAUCAGAUCUCUUCUCUGUUUAACACUGCUGCCUGACUCACUGGACUAGAAGAGUGACUCCUGCUAUGAACUCCCACUGCUUCUGGCGAGUCUCUUAAUAUGAGUCAUUGUGGCUGCAUGGUGGCUCACACCUGUAAUCCCAGCACUUUGGGAGGCUGAAGCAGGAGCAUCGCUUGAACUCAGGAGUACAAGACCAGCCUGGACAACAUAGCAAGGCCUCAUGUAUACUAAAAGUCAAAAAAAUUAGCUGGGCAUGGUGCUGCGCACCUGUAGUCCCAUCUACUUGGGAGUCUGAGGCAGAAGGAUCACUUGAGUCCAGGAGGUCAGGGCUGCAAUGAGCUCUGCAUGCAGCCUGCACUGCCACUGCCACUGCCACUGCACUGCAGCCCGGGUAAUAGAGUGAGAUACUGUCUCAAAGGAAAAAAAAUUAAUUAUGCUUUUAUUGAGCUUUUUUAUUGUCUGUUUUCUCAUUGGUCUCUAAGUUGUAUUGAGUAUAAGAACUGAGGUAUAUCCCCCACACCUAGCAAUAGUGCCUGGCACACAGUAGACAACAAAUGUGAAGUUGAGUGAAUAGAUGAAUUUAUAACAGUAUUUUGUAAGCUGGGGGUUGUGACCCACCAGGAUCAUGAAAUCAAUCUAGUAGAUUAUAAUCAGCUUUAAUUUAAAGAAGAAAAAGAAAUAGAAGAGAAUAGCAAAUAAUAAGAGUAUUAUUUCAUGAAAUUUUUUUAUUACAAAAUUUGUAAAAUAUAUUUCUUAUAAUGAGUGGCAGUAAAACUAAAAUGAAAGCCACUGGGUUGUAAUAAGCAAGUGCUUUUUUCUAUAGUAAGAAAAAGCAGCUUUAUUUAAAAAAAAAAAUCAGAAAACCUUGUGACUGAAAAAGAGUCCUUCCUUGGGAGAUUUUUACUUUCACAGAUUCCAAAGGCUUAAACUCAAGGGAAAAAAGUGUCUAGAGUUUUAGGUUUCUGUGAGUAGAUGACAGAGGAAUUAAAAAUCCAUCACAGAUCCUGCCUGGUAACUAUUGCCAUAGACAAAUGAAGCCUAAAAGUGCUGUUGAAUUCUAUUUCCUCUGAAGAUAUAUCUUAAACAUUUUUGUCCCACGGCUGAUGACGAAAGUGGAAAUCCAGUGUUAAAAGUAUGAAUUCUUUGCUGUUGAGGGUGGUCACUGAUUUGUGUCUUGGAGAAUUUAAUUGGCUGUUUCUCCCAACCCUCUCUCUUGAAGAAAAGAGCCCUGAGCCAAUGAGGAGCUACUGUUCUGUGUCCAUAGCAACAAAAUAAACAAACUUUGGCCUGCCAUCUCCCAAGGGCAAACCUCACAACUCAGGCCCAAGUCACGGGAAUCUGAAUGGUGGGGUGACCUUCUCCUCUAGUUUACUUUCAUUGCAAUACUGAGAAACUUCAACUGUUUUGUCUUUAGAAGGGAAAUUCAUGUUUGUGCCAGGCCAGCCUUUGUAAAAGCCUUUGAUUGGAUUCACUAGAAGUCUGUCUUCCCGCAGUACCUAUACUGUGAAUUUUCUGCUUCGGCAUUUCAACCACUUGGAAUGGCCACUAAAGUCUUGUGUUCUGGAACCUCUGGAUUUGAUCUAAAGUAAACUCUGAUUCUGUGUUGAUGGGGAACCGUUUGUCUCUAACAUUGUGGUUUCUUUAAGAUGCUUGACUUGGGCCACAUGAGAAUAACAGAUCUUUGGGCAGUCCAAGCAAGAGCCUACUGAUCUAGCAGCCAAGACUGUCCCUGACCUUUGGCCAUGUACCCCAACCCUCUCAUCUAUUGCACCUGCUGGGACCCCUGGAACUUGGGACCACGGAAGCUAAUCAAGACCCCUCAACUACCACACAAGAACUCCACAGGGAGGUCUAAGCCAACUCCUCUUCUACCAGCUCCAAAAAAUCACAAUUGCCUCCAACCAACAAAACCUGUUGUUUCCCCAAAAAUGAAAAUCCAUUCAGCAAGGCAAGAAGAGAGCAAUAAAUCAUUUUAUGAAGUGAUCAACGUGUCACCUGGCUAUCAACUUGUUCGGAAUCGGGAACAGAUUUCUGUCACCUUAGGGGAUGAGAUGUUUGAUAGGAAAAAGCGGUGGGAAUCAGAGAUCCAAGACAAAGGCAGAUUUUCCAGGACCAACAUCAUUUCUGACCUAGAAGAGCAAAUCUCAGAGCUGACAGCAAUAAUUGAACAAAUGAACAGAGACCACCAGUCUGCCCAGAAAUUGCUCUCCAGUGAAAUGGAUCUCCGCUGUGCUGAGAUGAAACAGAACUUUGAAAACAAGAACAGGGAGCUCAAAGAGGCCCAUGAAGCAGAACUCAGUGAGUUGGAGAACAACUACAAAGCAGCCUUGAAGGCGCAGAAGAUGGCUGCCCAAAAGAAGCUAGAGGAGAUGGGAAAAGAAUACAAGUAUUUGAAGAAUAUGUUUCGUACGUAUCAGGACAGUAUUUAUGAUGAAAUGGAAGAGAAGUGGUCAAAACAGAAGGCAAAAUGGAGGAAGGAUGAGAAGUUGGAGCGAGAAAAUACCCUGCUACAGCAAAAAAAAAAGAUGACCAAAAAAUUCGAAUUGGAGUCAGGAGAAGAAGAGAAGAAAAUAAAUGAAUCCUGCAGUGCUGUCUUUGAGAACUUCAUUCGAGAGAAGGAGGAGCUCUUGAAGCAACAUCAAAGUGACACCUUGCAAUUAGAAGAGCUGAGAAAAACCAAAGAGGUCAUGGAGGAAGAAUUGCAUGCACAAGCCCUUGUCCUAGAGUCACUUAACACAAACCUCUACUAUACCCAGCUGGAACUCCAGAAAGAGAAAGCUAUAGUGGGAAAUCUGGAGAAAAUGCUUCAAACCAAGUUUGCUGAAGCUGAAGAAAAGUAUAAGCACACCAUACAGAUCCUCAUGGAAGAGAACAUUCAUCUGAAGCAAAAGAUAAUUUCUAAGAAUGAAGAAAUUUAUGAAGGAUGUUCUGGGAGAUUGGCCUCUAUUACUGUUUCUAAGGAUGAUUCUGACACUGUGGAAGAUGAUUGAUAGCAAGAAAGGACAAGAAUCAUAAACAAAAAGUUGCUCUCCAUUGUUGAAGAUGGUUGGCACACCAUUUCUGUAGGCCCAGGAAACUCCUGGGAGGGUUUUCUUGAGAAAAUGCAUAUAAUGAGUUUAGUUCUUGGGUUGCUCUGACUCUCUGAGUGGCUGAAAAUGUUUGAAUUCUCAUCUGAAUUUCACAGCUUCUCAUGGACACUUCAUUGAAAAAUGAUGCUCUCCAUACUGGGAGCUGAGCUUU